AUGGAUCCGGUCAGCACUAGGUACGCCUUGUACCUUGUCGUGUUUCUUUUCAUCUUUGUCCUUCUAUACAACUUCUCGAGUCGUACCUACAAUCUUCCCAAAGGCCCUCCUGGACUCCCCUUUUUUGGCAACAUCUUCGAUCUGGGUGACGGGCCUGUGCACUUCAAGCUCACAAAAUGGGCGAGCCAGUAUGGGGACUUCUUCUCCUACAAGAUUGGCAGGACUCCAUAUAUCGUGCUGAGUAGCCCAGAAGCCAUCAAUGACCUCUUCGUCAAACGGGGGCAAAAGUAUAGCUCCAGGCCCAAGGCUUCCAGCCAGGCAAAAUUGAUCACACAAGAAGCACGAAUCGUGAACAUGCCGUAUGGAGAGAAUUGGCGUGAACAUAGGCGGGUGAUCCACAGUCUACUAGGGAUGCAGACUGCAAAGCUCUUCAUCCCCUUCCAGGAAUACGAGAGCCGGCGCACGUUGAAGAACUUACUUGAAGAACCAAAAGAAUUCUGGGAGGAAGUAUCGAGAUUCUCGGGUAGCAUAACGUUUAGUUUGUUAUUAUCCUGCCGAUUUGAAAAGCCAGAUGCGGUCAUCCCACAAUCAAUCGGCAAAAGGAUGCAACUGUUCUUUGCCAACAUUCGCCCAGGAGCCUGGCUAGUUGAUUGGAUUCCCAUCCUCGACUACUUGCCAGACGCUUUGGCUCCAUGGCGGAAGCAAGCUCUCGCCGUCCGAAAUCAAAUCAUGCCAUUCUUCCUAGUCUUCCACGAGCAGAUGAAAGAGCGUGUCAAGAAUGGCACGGCGCCCGACUGCUUCGUUACGCGGCUGUUAACCGAUAAAACCAAACAUUUUGACGAGGUCGAAUAUUCCCACCUCAUUGCCGAAAUGAUCACUGCCGGUACAGAGACGACAGCUACAACUCUGCAGUGGUUUUUCAAAGCCGCAGUACUCAACCCUGAUGCCAUUGUUAGAGCCCAGGAUGAAAUCGACAAAGUGGUCGGCGCCGAUCGCUUGCCUAGCUGGGAAGAUCAGCCGAAGCUACCGUACACAACUGCCCUGAUCCAGGAACUGCAUCGAUGGGCCACGGCGACGCCAAUGGCGUUCUUGCAUUCCACGAGUGAGGACGACGUGUAUCGAGAGAAGAAUAUUCCCAAGGGUGCCGUGAUCAUCGCGAACGCUUAUGCUAUCCACCAAAGCCCGCGGUAUUUCCCACAACCCGAUAAACUCAUACCGGAGAGAUACCUUGAUCCCAAGGACCCGAGGGCGAAGCCAGAAUUGAACCUUGCCGGACCACAUUUUGCCUUUUCCGCUGGACGGCGAGAAUGUCCUGGGCGGCAUGUGGCAGACGCCAGCCUCUUCAUCAUGAUCAGUCGAAUUCUUUGGGCCUUUGACAUUCGGCCAGCUAAGAAGCUUCCGGGCCCUGGCUACUCGGCCGCUUUUCCAGUGUUUGGACCAGCACCAUUUGAAUGUCUCAUUGAACCCAGAAGCAAUGCUGCCGCUCAGAUCAUCCUCGAACAUGCGGUCAUCAAUCGACCGAAGGACUUGGAAGACGACUCAAUAUAUGAUACAUUAAUCGGCCAGAUAUAG